CCAGGAAACUCACAUGAUUUUUACUUUUCCUGCGAACUGUGUUUUUAUUUAUUUUACUUUUAAUAUAAAUUUUUUCAACAAUGUUUUUUAAUGCAGAGGACGAUGACCAGGACUUUAUGGGUCCUGAAGGCGGCAGAUCCAAACUUGGCAGUUUGUUUGGAAUGGACAAAGCCUCUAACCAAGGUGGAAAUGAAUCUCUCACCUAUACAGCACCAAAACAGCCAAAGAAGAAAGAAGCAACCCCUGAUGGUGGAACUGCUCCUGCUGUUGUCAUAGUAACAGUUGUCCAUGCAUACAAAUUAGUUGAUGGUCACUAUGCCAGCCAGGGAAAACUUGGAGCCACUAUUCUAGCCAACCAUGUUUCCAAAGAUUAUCGGAUAUUGCUGUAUGUGUCCAAACAAAAACAAGUUACAAAUGCCAAGAUUACACCAGCCUUCAACUACCAGAUACAACCUAAUAACUAUGCCAGCUUUUAUGAUGAAGGUCGGAUGAACUGGUCUGUGAUGUUCGACAAGGAAGAAACAGCUUGCAAGUUUGCGAAAGAGGUAGCUCUAGCUAAAGCUAACAGUGCUGGACCAGGUUUUGACAGUGUUGUCAUUCAGGAUAUGGUGGUUGGAGAAGGCGGGGCUCUGGAGGUGGGUGACUCAGCUGAAAUCCAGUACACCGGCUGGGUUAUGACAAAUGGAACAGUGGGUCAGGUGUUUGACAGCAAUGCGAACUCUGACAAAUUUUUUCGAUUUAAAUUAGGAAAAGGAAAAGUCAUUAAGGGAUGGGAGACAGGCAUUUUAGGGAUGAAGAAAGGAGGGAAGCGUUUUCUAGUGGUGUCUCCCCAGCUAGGCUAUGGAAGUCAAGGCAAGGGAGACAAGAUUCCAGCCAACUCCACGCUCAUCUUUGAAGUAUUUGUUAUUAGGGUUAAACUUCAGAAGGGGGAUUCACCUUCAGAAUCUCCUGCUGCCACUCCGGUACCCAUUCCUACAGAGACCACAGAUUCUGGCUGGGACAAUGAAACGGUAAAAGGUCGUUCCAGAUCAAUAUCGGAGCAAUUAUCACAGUCUCCCAAGUCUGACAAAGCCAAGCUGAUCUCUCGGAUGGCUAAGAUGGGACAGCCCAUGUUACCUAUGUCAGGAGCAGUUCCAGCACAGGUGGAGGAUGACGAGCUUUCCGAAAUCCAGGAUGGACCGUACACAGACCCGUCCUACACUAAGCCAGCUUUAGCAAGGAAACCUGAUGUCCACCAGGCCACACCCCAAGUCUUCCAUCAGCCGGUAGAACAACCCGUGGGACCACCCAUCCAUCAACCCAUGGCGCAGGUCAUGACUCAAGCACCACCACAGUACCAGACUGUGCCGGGACAACCAGCAUUUCUACAGAAUUUGCCAGGUGCUCAGCAGCUUUCUGUGUACCAGCCGACCAACCUUCUACAACAACAACAACAGGCAGCCAUGUUACAGCAGCAAAACAUGGCCGCAGGAUUCCAGCCAGCAGGUUUUCAGCAGCCCGGUGUUGUACCUGGCCAACAGUUUGCAGGAAUGUCAUUUGUAGGCAGUGCGGCCAUUCCUCCUACCACAGCCACCAGCCAGCCGAGCACUGUGGACGCACUAGUACCAGUCCUGUUGUCAGAAACAAGGCAGCAGAACACCGAAGUGAGGUUAUCAGUCAGCAAGAUGGCCGACAAGGUGGACAAGAUUCUAGAAAAGGUUGAUCAUAUGAGCUACCACGGACCAGGGUCUGCUCUGACACAAACGUCUCUAGCUCCAACUAUGGAGACUGGUGUACUGCUGCAAAAUAUCACAAGAAUAGUUCAGGAAAAUGAAACACUGAAAAAAGAUGUGUUUGAAAAGAGUGGGAAAAUAGAAGCCCAGAAUGACAAAAUAGCAGAAUUAUUACAGAAAAAUCAAAGAUUUGCAGAACAAAGCAACACUUUGUUAGAAGAAAGGAAUGAAGGGUACAAAUACUCCGCGGACCAAUCACAAGCCAAGGUUUUGACACUUGAACAGGAAAAGGUUAAACUAGCAACAGAACUAAGCUCUGUGUCGGCUGAUCUGAGCACGCUGCAGCUGGAGAUGACGAACGUCAGAAAGAGUGAGGCUGACUUGAGACAGAGACUCAAGACAGCUGAGGACCAGAUUCUCAGGAAGGAGGAAGAAUACAGCAGAAUAAAGCUACAAGCUCUGGAUGAUGAAAAAAAGGUGUCAGAAUUGACCAGCAGUUUGCGUGAUGAAAAACACCACCGCAAGUCUCUGGAGAGCAAGUUAAACCAAACCCAAGAGGAACUGGGGGAUCUGAAGUCAUCAAAUGAGAGUCUGGAAAGGAAUUUGACUGAAAGGAAACGAAAGGCAAAUGAGGAGAGAAGAAAACUGGAAGAAGAUAUGGAGGACAUGAAGAUGAAUCUGGAGAGUGAAGUACAAUCACUAAGGGAUCGACUAAGGAAACAAAAAACAUCUGUUGAUGUAGCGACUGCAGACAAGGUAGCUAAGUUGGAGGAGGACAUUGCCCAGGAGUGGCAGGAGAAGUGUGAUAAGCUGCUGAAAUCUGCCGAGGAGAAACACAGUCGGGUUGUGCGGGAUGUGGAGGAGGACAGGGACACCCUGCAGCAGAAGAUAAAGGAACUGGAAGCCAAGAUUCAGGCCAUGCGUUCCUCCACCGGGAGCAGUGAACAGCUCAUCUCACAGCUUCAGGACAAGGUUGAUGAUCUCUCCAUGUGGAAAGACAAGUAUGAGAACUUGAGAAACCAGGCAACGUCCAUGAAGGAGCGGUACGAGGAGAAGAUCGGUGACCUUGAGGAAGAACGCGACGCCAUCAUGGACAAGGGUAGACAACUCCAGAUGCAGAACCAGCAACUGCAGCAGUCUCUCAAACAAGCCCAGACUCAGGUGCACGUGCAGACGUCUGGAGAUCAAGGUGCUGGCUCACAGGAUGUUGCUUCAGAAGUGAAGAAAAUAAUGAACAAUGUUUACCGUGGUCUGCGUGAAGAGUUUGAUUCUGAUGAGUCCUACACAGGCUCCGAGAUUUUGGCAAUUAUUUUAAAUGCCAUCAAGACAACAACGUUAUCUCUAGUUAAAACUGAAGCUGGUGGGACAGCACAAGAAGAGGAGGAAGAAGAAGAAGAAGAGGAGGAAGACGAAUCAGAAGAUGAAGAACAGAUUGAACAUGUUGAACAAGCAACAAAGGACGGACACAAGUUAGAAGAAACAAAGACAGAAGAAGAAGAAGUACCUGAAGGUAUUGUGAAGACUGACUCUCAUGUGAUAGAAACUGCUUCAGUAGAUUCUGAAGUGUCUGAGACGAUGUCGACAACUGACAGCCAUCUUAUGGAGAGUUCUUCCAUGACUAACACUGUUGGUAUGUCAGUUGAACAAAUAAUAACAGCUUCAUCAAUGUUUACAAGUGGUGACCAUGGCAACAGGCUCUAUAGCAACACACUGGACAAAAUGUCAGAGCCAGUGAUUAGACAGUCUUCUUCCUAUGUAACUGGAGACCAUGGAAACAGUUGCUAUAGUAAUGAACUAAACAUGCUUGAACAACUACCUGGUCCUGUCACUGGUAACCAUCGAAACCAAAACUACAGCAAAACACUCACUGAUUUGGACAGGACCAUUGAACCAGUUAUAGAAAGUGCAUCAACUUUUGUAACUGGUGACCAUGGAAACAGGUACCACAGCAUCGAGUUAGAUGCAUCAGGUCAAAUCCCUGCCAUUAAGGAAGUUGUAGAAAGUUCAGUGUCUCCAAUGACUUGUGGCCAUGGAAACAGGGCAUACAGAGAUGAUAUGUUUGUCAAGUUGGACAAAUCUGCAGUUGUUGAAGAGAUAUUUGAAAGUUCAAAUAUAGACAUGUUGGGUGACACUGGCAAUCCAAGCCAUAUUGCAAACCUAGACCAACUGAAAUCACAGACUGAAGUGCCGGCACAUGAUAGAGUGGUUGAGGAAGUAGUUUUUAAGACUAAAAUGGAGAUAACUGGUGCAGAGGGAAAUCCCUAUCACAGUAGGAAUCUCGACAUAGGUGAUGCUGAUUUUGAAACUGCCACUAAAUCCACUGAAAGUGAGGCUACAAAAUCAGAGAUAAAGACCAGUUUACAAGAGGGUAAGACACAAGAACAGGUGAGCAAUGAAAUGGGAAGUUCAAGUGAUGAAGAAACUGUCUACAAAGACACGAGUGAACAUGUUGAAAUUGGUGAUCAUGAUGAAACAGAACUAGACUCAAACGUUGUACCAGACAGCCAUGUUGAAAAAAUGAGUGUCCAAGAAGAGCAGAAUGAAGACUUUGUUAAGGACAGUUCUAGUGAACCGGAUACAAAAGAUGUAGUCAUAUCUGAAACAGUUGAUAACAAAUCUGAUUCAACAGAUGUCAUCAAGCCUAAUACAGUAGAUAAAUCAGAUUUGGUAGAUAACACAUCUUAUUCAGUAGAUAGCAAAUCUGAUUUGGUGGAUAACAAAUCUGAUUCAGUUGAAAACACAUCUGAUUCAUUAAACGAGAAAUCUGAUAAAGGAGAUAGCAAGUUUGACAUGCAGGAUGUGGUCAAAUCUGAUGCUGUGAAUAAAGACGAUAGUUUGGCAUCCAUCCAAUUAGAUGAGACUUUACCUAUUGACCCACUGGGAGGAUUGACCAAUGGAAUUGUUGCUAACAGCACCUUGGCGACAAGCAAGGACAGAUCAAGCUCCAGUGCUAGUAGUGGCAAAAACCGGUCAAGAUCAAGCUCUGACAAGUCUGAAGGUCUUCCAACACUGGCCAGCCGAGAACCACCUCCGCUGUUUGGUGAUGACGAUGAUGAUGAUGACGAUAGCUUAUUGUUUGGGCCUGACAACACAGUGACUGAUACACAACAGGAUUUGAACUCGGAGCAAGAUGGUGACAAAAGUAAAAAGGUUGACAUAAAGGACAACAAGAAAUCAAAACUUCCAAGCAAAGCAGAUUUGACUGAUGAUGAUAUGAAACCAACCCCACCACCGCCGUUGUUUGGAGAUGACGAUGAUGAUGAUGAUCUUGAUUGGUUGAGUUAGCCAGUUGUAGAAAUAUGUAGCUCAGAUUUAAAAACAUUUGACCCUUAAGGGCUUUCAUCAGUGGACGAUGUUAUGGCUCUUACUGGAUUUGUGAUUUUUUUUCCAGAAAUAGUAAUUUCAUACAUUUUUCAUAAUUCUUCUUCCAUUGCCUCUGUACCAAGUGCAUUUUAUGUAAUUAGGGAUUCUUAGCAUUAAAAAUACUUAAUAUGCAGAUUUUGAUUUUGCUUUAAAUAGGGAACAUGAAAUUUGGAAACAAGGUAUUCUGGCACUAAUCUGGUAUUGAAAAAGUAGUAGCAGUCACUUUCCCUUCCUAGGAGAAAGAACAACAAUGUUAACAGCUAGAUUAGCACCUGAACAUAACAUAUCAGCUGCAUAGUAAAUUUCACAUCCAGUAACAAUUACAGCAAAUCUAGUUCUAAAGAAAAGUCUGAUUAUUUCACCAGCAGAAAUACUGAAGCCCGAUUUUUUUGGUUUACUUUUUAAAAAAAUGGGCUAACCCACUGAACCCAAUAAUAAAGUAUUUUUAGUAAUAAUUUUUUUUUACAUUAGCAUCAUCAGUAAGAUAACAAUUAAGAAAGAUUCAGCAUGCCACAUGAAAUUGAAGUACUUCCAGGGAUUCUACCUUGCCCAUGGACAAACGAAGAUGGAUACUGUGAUUAAUUUAAGGCAUGUUAUCUCUUAAUGGUAUGGUAAAUUAAAUGUAGUUUGUCCAUACUAACUUUUUCCACUUACUAGUCUAAGAAUAAUUUCUUUCUUUGUUUUUUGGAGUCAAAUGGUAUUGGGUUUUUUUUUUUUUUUUUUUUUUUUCUCUUUUGUUUUCAUUUUACAUUUGAUUCAUUAUUCAUGAAAUCCAUACACUCAUUGUUAAACACUGUACUUUCAGUAGAUGAAGCAAUAUUUAUUAUUCGUCUGACACUGCUGUUUUGUUGUUAUGUUAUGUAGGAAUUAUGGAUUUUUUAUUUUUUUAUUCCCAGUCAAAGAUAUGGGACAUUUUGUUCUACUUUAUAUAUUCAUGAUGUACAGACUUCUAAAGAGUUGUUUCAUAAAAGUUAUGGCUAACUGUCAUCUUACCUUUUUGUUCGUGGAAACAAAGGCAUUAGUCAGUUUGCAAAGUCUAUGUAUAUUUGUAUAAACUGUGUAGUAGUAUUUAUGUCAAGACUUGAGUGGAGUGUGAAGUAUGGUAUAAGAUACUGCUGUUGUAAACCACCUGCCAUGUGCAGUGUGUUACUUCAACAAAUGUGUACAAAACAUAGGCACAUGUUAAAUAUAGAUUUUUAUGAGAUUGUGGAGAGACACAUUUGAUAUUCUUUUUAAAAGAAUGUAAGCAGUUAUUGAUUAAACUGAAGGUAAAACAUUGCCCAGUAAUUUUUUUUUUUAUUUCUGUUAUGAUUUAGAACUAUUUUUUAAACAUUUUUGUCACACGGUACCCAACAAGAUAGUAUCUGAGUUACUGCCUCUUUGCUUUGACACCUGGGGGGGGAUAGUUACUCAACUAUGGCUCCUAGGUGCUCGCUAAUGUUACUCAUCCUAUAGGAACCAGUCGGCCUCUAAAGCUUUAUAUUAUUUCAACCCCUGGGACUUGGUCCCUGUUUUUAAGAACCACUGAUUUAGAAUAAUGUAACAAAAAGAUUAUUAUAACAAUGGUAGAUAUUUAUCAAAAGUAAGAAAUAAGAGAAUGUAUAUUAUACUCUGUUUAUACAGGUAGUGCUAAUCCACCAAGUGUUUCAAUAUUUUAGUUUACUUGUUACAUUUUUGUUAUCUCAGUUGUUAUAUUUCUUUGCUUAUAUAUUAAUGAUUGUAGUAUGAACGAUAAAAUAUGUCAGACUUAUUGAUGCUUCCAAAGUUUUGAACAGCUUGUACAAUAGAUUUUUAUUUUAUGCUUUAAUUUAUAAAUUUUUUAGAUGAAUGUUCAGUAUGUUAACUGCACAAAUUAAAAGUUGUGAGUGUUCAACUAAAUGAUCUACUAGCAGGCACCAUUCUUUUUUCAGUGUUAUAUGUUCAUGUUGUGUCUGUGUAUCGCAGUUUGCUAUUUUUGUAAGCUUGCAUAAACCAUUACACCAAUGAUGUACUUAAAUAAUCUAUGCAUAGAUAUGGUUGGUGAUUACACAAUGUCAAUGUUAUGCUGAUAUUUUGUAUGCUUCAAAAUAUGUCAGAACGUUUGACAGUAAGACCUGAUAUUCUAAGAGUUGUACACUCAGCAAAUUCCUUAAUUUAAAUUAGUAUAUAAAACAAUGGUUUGUUAAUGAAAAACAUUCUACUUUAGAAUUGUUGAUUAACAGUAUAUUCAUCUGUGCAUAUACAUGUGUAUAAUGUGUGUGUGUGUGUGUAUGUGUGUGUGUGUAUGUAUAUAUAUAUAUAUAUAUAUAUAUAUAUAUAUACAUAUUUGUUAUUUAAGAAAUUUCAAAUAGCAAAAUUGAAUGUCUCUUAAAAUAUUUAUGGGUUUUAUUUUAUUUUCAGUAUAUGGAAAGUAUGAUUAUUUUCAUUGUGAUUAACAUGCAUAUUUCAAUAAUGAUUUUUAAAAAACAUACUAUUAAACAUCAAAGAAAGGAAGUGUGUUAACUAGUUGAAUCAAAUCAGCCAUUUGAAAGUGUUUGUGUAAUAUUAUUUCAGUAAAGUAGCACUUUAGCACAUCAAAUCACCAAUUUUAGACAAUCGUUGAUUUUGGUGACAUUUGUUAAAUACUUUUUUUUUUUAAAGUAAUUAUUACUUUACUGUGUGACUGUAAUAGUAUGAUAAUAAUAAUAUAAUUAAUUUUUGUUUUCAUGUUUAAAAUUAUUACUAUUAUGACUAAGUGUCUCAAAAGCUGGAAGUAGCCCAAACAUCGUUGAACAUGUAAGUUACUUCAUUCAUUGUACAAAAUGAAGUUUCCACAUGAAGAAUUAGUUUGAACCAUGAUGGAACUUUGGAUUAGACAUUUCACCCAUCUUAUCAACUAUGCUAUUUGCUGCCUCAUACCACGAUUGCAACACUUUGUUAAUGUAUGGAUAUGACAUCAAAGGAAUCAGCUCUCUAUAUUACAAAUUAUUUAUUAAUAUUCCAUUCCAGCUCGAAUGAUGAAUCAGUAAUAAAAUAUUAUUGCAUAA